UGGGAAGCUUGAGUUCCAGAGGGGAAUUGAGCAAAUGGAGGGAGGCUGAACGGCUACCUCUGCCCCUGUAGUUAGGUGCUUCAGGAGGGCGCCAGUGUUUGAGGUGGGAUUAGGACAGCGCGUGUCGUGUCUUGCCUGGGACUUCUUGGAGCUAAGAAAGUCCCACCAGCGGUUCUUAGCUUAGAAGGCCUCUGCUGUGUCAGAAUUGCUUAAAAUACAAACAGUAGCAGUUCAUUAAAGAUGGUAUGGGAGGAAGACGUGGCGGGAAUUAGUUUAUUUUGAUUUUUUGCUUUACACAAUACUUUCUAGAGUUAAUGAUCGUAGCGCAUCCUCAACCCUUUUUCACGAGGAAUUGUGUAUCCACACAUUUUAGUUUCGUACAUUUGGGGCUAUUUUAGGGUGGAUGCUUACUGCACCCAGGAAUCCCUUUUUGGGUGUUUGGCCACCGCCACGUACCUGUCUUUGUAAAUUUAUCACCACACUGAUUAGAAACCUAGUGUGCUGACACAAACAGGACUGGGCCUAGAGUUUUUUUUUUUUUUUUUAAAUAAGUCCGCCUGGUGACUGGAUUGAUCUGGCCCAGUUCAUGCUUAUGAAGAACUAAACUGGGAUACUUACUGUUGGGUCUCAGACCCAGGACAAGUGGCUGAGCUGAUAUUUAACAUAGAAAAUACACCUGGCCUCCAGGUUCUUCCAGCAUACCUCAGUCCCAGGGCAUGGCUGGUAUACCCUGACCUCCACCAUGAACUUUCUCUUCUCCCUCUCCAUGGUGACUUCCCUGGCCUUGUUCUUUGGGAACCAGUGAACCUGCCCCAAUUAACCUACCCAGUUAAGCUGCCUUUAUCGAAGAGGGCCUGUACCUGAUAGGAACUCAAGUGUCUGGCUCUUUGAUCACCUCCUCCUGACAGGCAGCCUUUCCAGACCGCUGAGGAAGACAGUGCAGCCAGUCCUGCUCACUUCUUCAGCAGAGAAAACCUUACCUUGAAAAACCUUUUUAAUUUUGGUGAUUUGAACUUUGAGGUCCAGCAAAAGGCGGAUCUGCAUGAUUUCUUUCUGGGGCUGUCAUGGCUGAAAACACAGACAGAAACCAGAUUGAGAAACUCCAAAAGAGAGUAAAGGAAUUGGAGCAGGAGGUGGAAAGACUUAAGAAAGAACAGGCCAACACCAUAAAAAAUUUAAGUAUCAGAGAAAAUUCUUUAGGCUCUGGAAAAGCUAAGCGUGCAUUUGAUUUUAGUGCUCAUGGGCGAAGACAUGUUGCCCUAAAAAUAGCCUAUCUAGGCUGGGGAUACCAGGGUUUUGCCAGUCAGGAAAACACAAGCAAUACCAUUGAAGAGAAAUUGUUUGAGGCUUUAACCAAGACCCGACUAGUAGAAAGCAGACAGACCUCUAACUAUCACCGGUGUGGCCGAACAGACAAAGGAGUUAGUGCCUUUGGACAGGUGAUUUCUCUGGACCUACGUUCUCAGUUCCCAAAUGGCAAGAACUCAGAAGAUUCUAAUUUAAAAGAUGAAGCUGACGAUGUUGCUGAAGAGAUCUGUUAUACCCACAUUCUCAAUCGGGUGCUUCCUGCAGACAUCCGAGUAUUGGCAUGGGCCCCUGUAGAGCCUAACUUUAGUGCUAGGUUUAGCUGUCUUGAGCGGACUUACCGUUAUUUUUUCCCUCGUGCUGAUUUAGAUAUUGUUACCAUGAAUUAUGCGGCUCAGAAAUAUGUUGGUACUCAUGAUUUCAGAAAUUUGUGUAAAAUGGAUGUAGCCAAUGGAGUGAUUAAUUUUCAGAGGACUAUUCUGUCUGCACAAGUGCAACUAGUCCAGAGCCUGGGUGAGGAGAGAAGCCAAGAACCUUUCCAGUUAUGCCAAUUUGAAGUGACUGGCCAGGCAUUCCUGUAUCAUCAGGUUCGGUGUAUGAUGGCUAUCCUCUUCCUGAUUGGCCAAGGAAUGGAGAAGCCAGAGAUUAUUGAUGAACUGCUGAACAUAGAGAAAAAUCCCCAGAAACCUCAAUAUAGCAUGGCUGUUGAAUUUCCUCUAGUCUUGUAUGACUGUAAAUUUGAAAAUACCAAGUGGAUUUAUGAUCACGAGGUUCAGGAGUUCAAUGUUACCCACCUACAGCAGCUAUGGGCUAAUCAUGCUGUUAAAACUCACAUGCUAUAUAGUAUGCUGCAAGGACUAGACUCUGUUAUGGUAACAUGUAGGGCAGGAACAAAGAUGGAUGAAGCAACAGAAUGGAGAAACAUUAAGCCUUCUGUCAUAAAGCAUACCAGUGCCUUUGUAGAAGGAGUGAAAAUGCGCACAUAUAAGCCCCUCAUGGAUCGUCCUAAAUGCCAAGGACUGGAAUCCCGGAUCCAGCAUUUUGUACGAAGAGGACGCCUUGAACACCCACAGUUACUCCAUAAGGAAGCAACAAAAGCCAAAAGGGACUGUGCUGACACAGAAGAAAAUACUGUUUUAGAGAAUCCAACCAAGAGAGUCUGUAUAAUAGAUGCAGAAAUUAACAGCAUUGUAUAAUCCCAGGAAGCUAAGAUCUUUACUGGGAUCUAGGGUGCAACAAGCUAAAAUUCUAAUGACUGAUUCUUAAAAAGUCCUUACAGCUUCUUAAAUAGUAAAGGGUCUAAAUAUUCUCUAAUCCCUGUCCAAAAGAAUUAUGAAGUGAAAGAAGCAAAAAGCACUUGUCACUUAUAUGCUCCUGGAAAUCUGUGCUUUGCAUUUAAAUUCAUCAAAACCUGGUCUCACAAAUACUAUUUGUUGUUCUUUUUCAAGGCAAAUGUGAUAACCACUAAUGUGAAAGAUUUUUGCUUUAGUGUCUUACUUUUUAAGAAUGUAGAAGUACCAAAUUCCAUCAAUUAAAGAUUAGGUUGAUGGUUCAGUGCCAGGUAUGAAGCUACCUGGAAUCUACCUAGCUCAAUGUAGCACAUGUUUUUAAUGGGGCAGCCAAGUGCAAAGAAAAGUGGCAAACUUUCUAAGGGUAAGAGUUUUUUUAAGUUCUGAAAAAAAAAAAAUGUUAUGUUGCACUAGUCUUAUGACCUUUAGAGAUGUAAAAAUACUUUUGGUUCUUGUUGACCGAGUUCUGAAAGGUUCACCUUUGCAAAACUAGGACAGGUGUGUCCUAGUUUUGCGGUGGGGGUUUGAGCCAACUAACCAACCUUUGGGUGGAGACAGGAUCAGGAAUUCAAGGUCAUAUCUUCAAAACAGUGAGUUCAAGACUAGCCAGGGCUAUUAGAAACUCUGAACAACCAAAGUAGAAAAGGCUUUGAUUCUAAGGUGGAAAAUAAAGUUGUUUGCAGAGUUGGAAAUUAGCACAUACUUAGUAUACUUGAAAAUUGACAAAAGCUUAAUUUAGGUAAAACAGUUUGUCACAGUCGUUAUCUUCAGGGACCACCAAGCAGUUGUAAAAGCAAGAAAAUUAUGUAGCAAAAGCAUUGCUAAUAUUUAUAAAUGCUAAUAUUAUUCAAAUGUACAAAAUUCUUUGUAACAAUAAAUACCACCGCAAAACAACUUAAAUUCAA